AAAUGGAUUAGGAAUUGCAGGCGAGGAAUCCUAAAUAGUUAAUGACUGCCCAAUUUGAAGUCCUACUUGAACUCAAAUUAGUAUUGUCUUCUUCUACUCCAACCAGGACUAAUCCUUUCUAUUAUAUAUUGCUUCUGUUUUUUCUGUUUUUUUAACUUUUUUAUACUCCCAUUGAUUUGGGCUUCUGAUUGUUUAAAGUAUCGGUUACGCUUUCUUUGUGUUCUAUUUCAAGCUGCGAGAUUAUGAGCUGUUUUUGUUCUUGCGUUCGUGUUCCGGAUAAUGGAGAUGAGCUAAAUAGUUCUGGCUGUGGAAGCUGUAGCUGUCUCAGUGGCUUCUUUCACACCUUGAUCGACAAGUAUACACCAUUAUUCAGCAAUAAUCAAAUCAGGACCCAUCAACAAACUGAUGAUGGUUCAUCUCCACAGUCUCAAACUACAACAUCUGUUCCAAGAAUUUUGCCGUUCGAUGAUCAUUCUACCCACAAAUCUGUAAAUUCCUUAUUGAAGUCAUCAUUCAAUGAAAUGAAACCUGGUUAUGGCCAUGAAUCAUCGCAAGAUGAGGAUGUAUGUCCUACAUGUCUUGAAGAGUACACCCCUGAAAAUCCAAGGAUAGUUACAAAAUGUUUUCAUCAUUACCACCUUAGCUGUAUUUACGAGUGGAUGGAGAGAAGUUCAACCUGUCCUGUUUGCAGCAAGGUGAUGAAAUUUGAUGAAAUUGUUUAAUCCAAGUGAAAGUGUAGCUGGGUAUGCCAAAACUAGAGACGAUCAGAUUACUGGUGAGAGCAUAUAAAUCAUAUAAUAUCAUAGUAUAGAGAAGGCCUAGUUUUCUUUUAUUUUACUGGUACUGCAACUGUCCAACUUCAUGUUUUUGCAUGUAAUUUGAAGAAAAUUUUCAUCCUGUGGAAGGUAUUUCAAUUCAA